UUCGAAGUUGGUCGGGAUCGUUGACACUGAAAUUACUGUAGUUUAAGAACGAAAUUAUCGCUAGCAACACGCAAUACCGCUCUGCGCUUUCGCACCGAGAGAUUCUUAUCACCAUGAACUUGGAAUUGUGUGCGAUGUAAACCGCGACCGCGAACUUCAUUAAAUUGUCCACCAAACCGGUGGCAGGUCUGUGUAUAUGAUAAAAAAUCAUGCACUCUGCGUUGACCACCGACUUAAAUCAAGUUUCAAGUGUAGCAGCUGAGCAGAACCAAAACAUUCUGUAUCCAACGCAACAGAGUACAGACAGUGUUCGCCUGCUGAGUUAGUGCUUGUAAACAUCUGAUCGCAAGUGGUGCGCGCGUGGACUGCAAACUCCGCUAGACGCAGUCAUCUAGUGGGCCGCGCCGUAGACUAAACGCAUUAGCUAUUGACAGACACGCUUCGUGAGAAUCGCGGUCCGUGAGUGUCAGCCAUAUAACGAAAGAAGAAAGGUGAAUGCGGUGUCGAAGUUAUCUGCUUUUUGCAAUCAACAACAUCAACAGCUGCUUAUCGCCCCAUCAUCAAAGGAGACCACGUGCACUCCUCGGUAGUCUGGUGGCCAUUUCCGCCGCCGAAAGUUCACACCACUCGGUGGCCAGCGUGGUAUCGGCAGCCGGUGCCAUCGGUGCAGCGGCCAACAGUCACGUGGAAGUGACACCCCGGCGGAACAGCCUUCCAGCGCCACCGAUCUUCAAAGCCAUCAGCAACGGUAAGCACACAAACGGCACUCAGCAGACCACCAACAGAAUGACCAACGAUCGAAGCACCGCGGCUGAACUGACCAAACGGCCUCAGGAGGCCCGGGAAAUGCUCAAGAGGGCACAGAUCGUGUGCUUCGACGUAGACUCCACUAUUAUCACCGAGGAGGGCAUCGACGAAUUGGCGCAAUUCUGCGGCAAGGGCGCCGAAGUAGCUGCACUAACCAAAGAAGCUAUGGGCGGCAGUAUGACAUUCCAGGAGGCGUUGAAACGGCGCCUGGAUAUUAUCAAACCAUCGCAGCGACAGAUCCGCGAGUUCCUCAAGACUCACCCGAGCACGGUUUCCGCUGGCGUUCGUGAGCUGAUCGACCAGCUGCGACAGAACAGUGCCGAGAUCUAUCUGGUGAGCGGAGGUUUCGACUGUCUGAUCGAACCGGUGGCGGACGCCCUGGAGGUGCCACUGUGCAAUCUCUUUGCCAAUAAGCUGUAUUUCCACUUCAACGGAAGUUACGCCGGUUUCGAUACGAACCAGGUCACCUCAAAAUCCGGAGGCAAAGGAGAGGCCAUCAAAAUCAUCAAGAGUCGAUUCAACAGUGACAAGGUGGUGGCAAUGGUUGGCGACGGAAUGACCGAUUUGGAAGCCAGUCCGCCAGCGGAUUUCUUCAUUGGAUACGGAGGUAACGCUGUGCGGGAGGAGGUCCAAAAGCGGGCAACGUAUUAUGUAACCAAUCUUGCCGAUUUGCUGUGGUAGACAACUGUCGUAUAUAACGUGAUCUAGCCUGUAAAACUA